CGCCCGCCUCUCCUGGCCUCUGCUGGGGUAGCCGGGAUGUGCUCUCUGCCGCUCCCCUCCCACUCGCCCCCUUCCCUCGCAGGAGCCUUCCGCGCCUAGUUUAAUGGCUUUGCAAAGAAAGCCGGGCAGAAGAACACUUUCCUCAUUGGCGGUGGUCAGAUCAUGACCUAACUCACCAUGAACUUGGAAGGGCUUGAAAUGAUAGCGGUGUUGAUCGUGAUUGUGCUUUUUGUAAAAGUGUUGGAACAGUUUGGGCUGAUUGAAGCAGGUUUAGAAGACACUGUAGAAGAUGAAAUGGAAAUGGCCACAGUACGACAUAGACCUGAAGCUCUUGAACUGCUGGAAGCACAGAGUAAAUUCACAAAGAAGGAACUUCAGAUCUUAUAUAGAGGUUUCAAGAAUGAAUGCCCCAGUGGUGUUGUCAAUGAAGAAACCUUCAAAGAGAUUUACUCUCAGUUCUUUCCACAGGGAGAUUCCACAACAUAUGCACAUUUUCUGUUUAAUGCAUUUGACACUGAUCACAAUGGAUCUGUAAGUUUUGAGGAUUUUGUUAUGGGUCUCUCAAUUUUACUCCGAGGGACAGUACAGGAGAAACUGAACUGGGCUUUCAAUUUGUAUGAUAUAAAUAAGGAUGGAUACAUAACUAAAGAGGAAAUGCUUGAUAUCAUGAAAGCAAUAUAUGAUAUGAUGGGGAAAUGCACCUAUCCUGUUCUCAAAGAAGAUGCUCCUAGACAACAUGUGGAAACAUUUUUCCAGAAAAUGGACAAGAACAAAGAUGGAGUAGUUACCAUAGAUGAAUUCAUUGAGAGCUGCCAGAAAGAUGAGAAUAUAAUGCGAUCAAUGCAGCUCUUUGAAAAUGUGAUUUAAUGAAGACAUUAGGUCUACAACUAAUGGACAAAUAUGAGCUAUUCUGCAACAUUAUCUAAAAAAUGGAUUUCCCACUUUAUCAUAAAUAAAGUUACUCAGCUUUACACUGAGAUAUGUA